AUGCUACGCCUGCGCCCCUGUUUGGGGCCCCUGAAACCCCCAAUCCCAUUAUUCACCCUCGCACCCUCUCGAACAUUCACCCAUACACCCUCUCUCCCAGCGAAACCGCUCCCCGCGCGCCUCAAGAUCGACGAUGCCGACCUAACUGUAUCCUACCUGAAGGGCACCGGCCCCGGCGGGCAGAAGAUCAAUAAAACCAACUCCGCCUGUCAAAUCAUCCACAAACCCUCCGGCAUUGUCAUCAAGUGCCAGGCGACGCGCUCGCGCUCGCAGAACGAGAAGAUCGCGCGCUCGCUUUUAGCGGAUCGGGUUGAGGCGCGGGAGAAGGGGGAUCAGAGUCGGGUUGCGCUCAAGGCAGAGGCCGUGAGGAAGAAGAAGGCUAGUAAGGUUAAGAAGGCCAAGAGGAAGUAUCGGGCCUUGGAGAAGGGGGAGGAGGGGGAUGAGAGGGAGACUGAAGAAGUUAAAGAACGAGUUCCAGGUGAAGAUAACAAGGAAGGGGUGAAGGAGGUGUCUAAAGGCUCGCCGGGAGCGUAG